AUGGGCACCAUAAUCCCCAUAAACCUCCCCCCCAUAGAGGUCGAAUACCCCACAAACGGCCAAUGGACAAUCUACGGCCGCAGCGGGCCCAACAUCUACGCCCAGCCCCACUUCAUCACAUAUCCCCUCUUCGUGUCCAUAUUCAUACAGGGCGACAUCCUCGUUCACAUUGGAAUCGACGCCAUCCCAGACGGCUUCAUCCGCAACUCCCUCCACACCAAAUCCAAAUACUACCGGCGGCUCCUCAAGCUGCUCACAAACAUCUCACAGGAUAAGGACUACCCGUUCGAGCAGGAAUACAGAACUAUCCCCUUCAACGACUCCCACAUCGGCAUCCGGUGGUCGAGGGAGGAGGACGGCAAUGGUAAGGGCGUGGAGUCUGAUAUAUACUGGGGGUCCAAAUUCGAGGACAGCACCCGCUCUGUAGUGGUUUUGAGGAACCUGUGGGGGUUUGGCAGGGAGGACUGCAGGAAGGAGCUGGAGACGGGAAUUGGCAUGCCGGCUGUGAUACCGUUGACGAAGCUCCAGGUCAGGGCGUGGCUCCAUGAUACCGUUGUUCUGGUGUCGAUAAAUGGGCAUGACGAUAGCACGCUGUAUGCGUUCAAGACGAACCAGUCCCCGCAGGGUUUGUAUCAGGAGCUGCAUACGCUCCUCAGUAUGCCGCCACACCCAAAUAUCCUUGAGCGCCCUUGUUACCUUAUCACUAAGCAGACAGCACACUCAGUCCAGCAUCCGCUGGAUCCAGCGUCAUUGUACUGUCUUGAGCCUACAGAGCCUGUGAUUGGCUUUCUAACACCAUAUUACUCGGGGGGCAGCCUGAAGAACUAUGUCAAAAACUACGAGAUCACGCUGAAGCAGAAGGCUAGGUGGGCGCUGCAGCUAACGUCUGCCCUGCUGCAUAUAUAUGAGUACAGUGGUGGCAGCGACGGGAAAUGUGGCAGAUACAGCGCACUCAAAAUGGACAACAUUGUUCUGGACGCCGCGGGGAAUCUGAGGCUGAUUGACUUUGAGUUGGCGGGGACGUGGGUCCAAUACACGCCUAUCGAGGUCAUGAUGGUCCGGGGAAAAGGGAGGAUUUCACGAUUCAUGAGUGGGUCAAGCGACUCUGGGACAACCCCAGGGCUGGGCGAGAAGUGCAGAGUGUGUAGCCCGCACCCGUGCUCUGUCGCUAAAGACAUGACGGGGCAAGAGAGGCACGCAGCUCAUCAAAAGGUGCUCGACUAUAAGCUCUCGCGGACAAGCAUAAUCAGCCCGUCAAAGCCGAACUCAGACGCCCAGUACACAGGGCCGUCAGACCACAAGAAGAUCCCGUUCUGGGGAGACGCUUCGGACGCGGAGUGUAGUGCGGCAAUGGCCUGGAUGCUGGGCUGCUGCCUGUGGUGCAUCUUUGAGGAUGUGCCGUGCCUGUCGGGCAUGGGAAAUGACUGGUUCCCCGUUGGGAAUACGUUGUGGAAGAAGGCGAGGCAGAGUGUUCCGGUGGCGGUGCUGAAGAUUGUGAGGAAGGCGUUGCAGACAAAGGCGGAUAGACCGACUUUGCGUGAGAUAUAUGAGGUGAUGAAGAGUUGGGAGGGCGCGCUGAUUCUGAAACAGGUUGAGAAUGAAGAAUAA